AUGAUUUUACCCAUCGUUGCUGCCACCUUGGCAUUGUUCAAAUUCGUUCAAGCCGGUGUUUCCUCCAGCGGAGUGAUGGGAACUAUAUACUACGACGGAAGUGGGUCUUGUGGCAAAGAGGGUGAUAUCGAUUGGGGAGCAGGGGAUUAUUCACCUAUCAUCGAAUCGUCAGUGGGUGCAUGUGGAUACAGCGUUGAUCAAAUUGGGGACAACCGGUUGGUCGCAUUUGACGCAUCGUUGAUAUCUGGUAACCCUGCCGAGUACUGUGGUAAAGAAAUUCAAGUGAUCAAAGCCGACGGAACCCCAUUUGAAUUUUCCGAAGGUAAAUUAUUCAUUGGCGAAGCUUGUCCAGCCUGUGCAGGUGGUGUCAGACUCGAUCUGAGUGCCAAAGCAUUAGUCGAAAUUGUCGGCGAUUGCAAGACCAACGCCGUGGGGAUCUCCUAUCAAGUGCUCGAUACGAUGGCAGGUCCAGAGUACUCUUCGAUUCCUGGUGGUUCACUCGGUGAUGGUACAAGUGGUAACACUUCUACCUCAGCUACCUCCGCUGUUCCAGACGCCGCCGUAUCAUCUGUCUCAGGUGUAACAGCCACAUCAGUCGCAGGCGUAUCAGCUACCUCGCCUACCGAUACACUAUCCUCCAUUUCAGGUGCACCUACCACUUCUGUUGCGGGCGUCGCGACUUCUGUCCCAGGUGUAGCCGCCUCGGUACCUGCUGUAUCGUCCGUCCCAGUCGAUCCUGCAACUCAAAUUGUGGCAGAUCCAGCUACUGCAACGGUCCCAACCGGCGUCUCAUCUUCACCUGCAGUACUAGGUGCAUCUGCCUCUCCCUCUGUCCCAGCUGGAGUAUCAUCUUCACCGUCCAUCCCAGCAGGUAUAUCAUCUGAUACUACCGUACCGGGUGUACCGCCUUCACCAUCAGUACCUAUCGGAUUGUCUUCUUCACCCAUCCUGGCGGCGGGUGUAUCACCAACGGGUGUUCCAGGAGUAGCUCUUUUCGCCGAAGGGGAUGUCGCAUCCGACGCAGCCUGCAAGAGAAAAAAGAGAAGACUUGGUAAAUCCCACUAA